CAUAUCAAGAGGGUUCAGAAACAACCAAACAUAUCAGUGUAGCUCUACCUGACUUUCUAAAGUAGCAUUGGUUUCAGUGCAGCACCUGUCUCGCCAUGGCUGACGACAUGUCCUCUCUGCUGAGCCUCGAGGGGGAGCUCACAUGCAGUAUAUGUCUCAGUCUCUUCGAGAGCCCCGUGACCACGCCUUGUGGCCACAACUAUUGUCAAGGUUGCCUGGAUGGGACAUGGCGGGACAGCGAACAGACGGGACUCGGUUUCAACUGUCCGCAGUGCCGGUCCCACUUCGUCACCAAACCCGAGCUGAGGAAGAACACGGUUCUUGACGCAGUGCUUGACAAGUUCAAAUUGAAGUCAAAGGCCAAUAUCUUCAGCGAUGUCACCACGACGACGAAGACGGAGCCAGAGGCGGCGCCGAUUAAAUGCGACGCUUGCAUGGGGGGAAAGGCAUGCAAGACCUGCCUCACCUGCAUGGCGUCCUACUGUGUGGAGCACAUGAGACCACACCAGGAGAACCCGGUUUUUGCCACACACCAGCUCCGCGAGCCACUGGCAGACCUGCAGGGGCGCAUCUGCCCUGACCACUCAAAAAUUAUGGAGUUAUUCUGCAUCCAGCACGGACGCUGUAUUUGCAGCUUCUGUCUGCAGCAAGAGCACAAGGACUGCACCUUCCGUACGCCAGACGAACAACGGGUUCUGCGAGAGGUGCGUAAUUUUCCCCAACUCCGAGAAAAGUGCCGUUUAACUUUUUGGCAGUGAAAUCUUCCAACGUUUCAAACACU